CUCGUAAUUCAAGUUCCAACCCAGGGGUAAUCGAGUAAUACCGCCGUUAUCGUCUCUCAGUUGCUAAACCUAACAGACCUACUAGUUUACACCCACAGAAGCGGAGAGAAACAUCGACGCCCAUCGCUUUACAUUUUUCCACAGCAGCCAUGGCAGAAUCAGAGAAACUGGUGGCGUUGAAGAAAGCGUAUGCGGAUAUAAUAUUGAACACGGCAAAAGAGGCAGCGAACAGAGUAAUGGAGUCUGAGAGAAAAGCGCUUCGCUAUCACCACGAUCUCUGCAAUUCAAAGGACGAGGCGCUUCGAUUGCUUCUUCGCUUAAAACAAAUGAUCGAUGCUAAAACAAUUGAAGCAGAGAUAACAUCCUCAAGACAACAGAGUAAGAUUGAUGAGCUUGAGGCACAGCUCCAGGAGGCAGAGGGUGUCAUAAUAGAUCUUAGAGAUGAGUUGAGAUGGCUACGUGAUGAGCUAGAGAAGGUGAGGAACAGCCAAGGCCAGCCUUCAAAUGGAAAGCUUGUAAAGGAAAAUGAAUCUUCUAACCAAAAUUUAACUUCUGAGCCCAUUAUACUCUCAAUGACUGAUCUGUCACCUCAAACCGUGGCAACUUCUGAUGUAAAGAGUGCGCAACUGGAUCAGAGAAAUUUCAACGACAAGUGCCGCAACACAACAGAAGAUAUUGAGCAAUUGACUGUCUUAAAUUUUGAGAACUAUUCUUCACAUGAUGCUGACUUAGCUGCCAUUAUGAUGACAAACAAGGAGCCGGAGCUGUAUAGAAAUGGUUGUACACAGAGAAUUCGUGCAUUGGAAGGAAAUCUGUUUGCUAGCAGAUUGACUCCCCCAGGAGUAGUAGCUGAGCAGGAAUCUCUCAUAAAGAAUGAGGUUAUUUCCAAAGCGAGUAAUAUGGAUGAAGGUAAAUGUAGUGUACCUUCUCCUAAGACUAAGGCCUUAGAAAAAACGAACUUUUUAGGGGAAGAAGGAAGAAAGCGUGUUAAGGUUUGCCCAUCGAGACGAAGAAAGAGUAGGUCUGCAAAGGCCAAAGUUAAGCGCAAGUCUUGUCUCAAUGUCAAGAAACCUUAUCAACCUCCUUCUAUUGUUUCUCGUUGCAAAACAAACUCAGUAAAUGGCACCGUUAAAUCUGAUGGACGUUCAUGUACCUUGCUCCUUGUCAAGCCUGGCAAUAUGGAUAUGAAGAAUCCGAGUAAGGUGGAAGAAAAAUCGCAGGAAACAAAUGACUGCCUCACUGCUGAAAUGAUUGUUCCUGAAGGUAAAAGACCAAGAACAGAGCAGAGUACAAAUUCUGUCUCUACAUCAUCCACAGUCCCUUUGGUUCAGCACUCGGAAUUUUUGCAACCAUCUUCUGUUCUCACUCAUUGCAAGACUUACUCAUUGUUGCUCCAUGAUAAUGUUAAAUCUAACGAAGACCGGUCAAAGGUAACUGAAAAUGAUGUCAAGCUGAAGCCACUGCCUCGCUUGGAUCCAGGGUUAACACUAAUUAGAGGUGGCAUGGACUCUAUAUCUGGCUCUACAAAUGCUAAAGUGAGUGUAAAGGCACCCUGCAGAUCUGGUGUGGCACAAACUGAUGCAAACAAGGACAUGGAGGGUGUAGAUGAUUUGGUAAAAGAAGAAUGUGAUUCUAAUCGGAAUCCCACAUUUCCAAGUAAUGAAUCGGAUGAUCAGAUGGUCAAUGUUCCACUUGUAUAUUCUAAUUUGAAAGAUACCAAAACAUCUGAAGAAACUACUGUCAGUGUAAUGCUGGUGCACUCUGAUAUAGAAGUUGCCAAAUCAUCCAUGCAACCUUAUGUGUCUCCUAGUCAAUCAGACAAUAGGCUUCUUAAGUACACUUUUCAGAGGAAGCACAAGAAGGAAGCUUUGAGCAGCCCUGAUAAGAACACUUCUGUUGAAAAGAGCAAUUUAAAACGGAAAGCGGAGGAAAAUCUAGAAUAUUCACCAGAGCCACAGAAAUCUAGCUUGAUAAACGAGUCAUCUGGGGACAAUUGCUGAUUGGCUCAAGUUGCUUGUCAGGGUUCCGAGUAAUUUUCUGCGCCUUCCUGGCGAGUCAAUAUUAGAACCAGCUCACUUUGUCUGGGAAAAGAUGGCGGUGAUGAAGCCAACAGCUCCAUGAGUUCAACCAGAAGAAGGACGUGAUUCUCAAUUCCGUGGUGAUUAUUUAGAGAGUACUUCUUCAAGAAACCAUAAAGAAGGCCACCUGCACAUAUACAUGAGAUUACCAACCAGCAACUCUUUACCAUUGUUGCAAUUCAGGUAUGGUCUUGCUGUUCCAAACCUAACAUAACAGCCUAGAUUGGCUGGAACGCUCUUGUGUUAUAUAUAUAUAUAUCGUCAGUUAGUUGUUUUAUAAAUAGGCAUUCUUUUAUAAAUAGUUGUAUUGACUUCUUUCUGAGGGAAAACCCGAGACAUGCAAAAGAAGUUUUAGAUUGAA